CGGAGAGCUGGAGGUUGGGGAUCUAAUUACCGGGCCAUAAUUGGGGGCUGGGGAAUAGGCCGCCGUCCUCUCAACUCGCUGCAGAUCAAUUAUGUUAAGAGAACAUCUGUAAGUAGAGCUUAAUGAGGUCCAUUAGAGCAACAUGCGCUGCCUCUCCCUAACCGGGCUUGUCAGCUCCUUGGAUGAGCCGGAGAGCGCUGCUAACUGGGGACCUGCUGGAGGUGCUUAAAUAGGAGAGGAGGGGAGGGAGCGAGGGAAGAAAGAAGGGAGAGAAAGGAAGCGCGCUCAGGUCGGUCUUGCCUUGCUGCCAACGGAAGAUACGAGCCUUUUCUCGCAUGGAGGAGGACGAAGGGGGGCUUUGAGAUCGAGAGUGAUCCAGACACAGAGCCGGGGGAAGGAGUUUGAUCCGAAGCGCACGAGCUCGUCACACGCACGCGGCAACUUUCCCUCGGUAUACAAAUGCUUUCCGUCCAGCCGGACACCAAGCCAAAGGGCUGUGCCGGCUGCAACCGGAAGAUCAAGGACCGCUACCUGCUGAAGGCCCUGGACAAAUACUGGCACGAGGACUGCCUAAAGUGUGCAUGCUGUGACUGCCGCCUUGGCGAGGUGGGCUCCACGCUGUAUACCAAGGCCAACCUCAUCCUCUGCCGGCGGGACUACCUCCGGUUGUUUGGCGUGACGGGGAACUGUGCAGCCUGCAGCAAGCUCAUCCCAGCCUUCGAGAUGGUCAUGAGAGCCAAGGAGAAUGUCUAUCACCUGGACUGCUUCGCCUGCCAGCUCUGUAACCAGAGGUUUUGCGUGGGGGACAAAUUCUUCCUGAAGAACAACAUGAUCCUGUGUCAGACAGACUACGAAGAGGGGCUGAUGAAGGAAGGCUAUGCCCCACAGGUCCGCUGACCCCUACAUGACACUUUCGCUUGUGGGGAGAGAGCUGAGAGAGGACCUGAAAGGGGACAUGCAGUCAGACACCAAAAGCACUACCAUCCUCUCCAGCCCUUAUCCUUGAUAAUGUACAUAAGAAAUGCCCACUAUGGGGCACUGCUGUACAGAAUAGCCAUAGAGACUUGUUGUAAGUGGGGAAGGGGGUUUUGCAAGUCCCCCUGAGCAAAGUGACACUGGUCUUGGAUAUUGCUGUGGCUCUUUUGAAACAACCCUUCUUCUCCUCUGCCCCUAAGACCCAUGGUCUCAUGGAGACAAUCCACCCCAAGGCCUGACAACUCGCACACCUAUACACACAUCAAAUCCUGCAAAAAAAAAAAAAAAAAAAAAUGCAAGCAUAUUCUUAGACCCCUCUCCACUGACCCCAUUUCACUCUCAGGCUAAGGACAAUAAUUUAAAAAAAAAAGGGAAAACAAUCAUUGAGUGAUGAAAAGGUGUAAAUGUAGUCCUGUCAGCUGGGAGCGAGGGAGCCAUGUCAAUAUAAGAUCUCAGGUUGAGGGGGUUUCCUUAUUUCUAUUACUUCGCUUCUCUUUUCCUUUUAUGAGAAAAAGCCCUGUCCAGCUGAGCACAGCUCAGCUCUUUCUUUCGCCUCUUUCCUAUUGGUUCAACAGAUCUGCUGGAAUCGCUACAAUGACGCAACUUUAUUACUAAGAUUAUUCAUGUUCUGCUUGCUUUGUACGUAAAACAGCCUCCAGAGAUCAUUGUCAGGACACUGUACGGAUUUGGCGCACAAGUCAGUUUGUUAUAUGGGGUGGGAGGAUGGUGUCUGAUUUACUUCUUUUCUACAAUGUAUUUAUUUGAACCUUUUUUUGUUGUUGUUGCGCAUCAUACUGAGGCUUUGUCCUUGACAUGUUUAUACUUGAAUUGGAUCACUGUCCAGUUGCUGAGCCUCUUGUCCAGACCUCACAAGUCUGGCCUCAUUACUGCACACUGACAAACACUUGUGGUAUGUUGAAGAAGUCAGCUCACAUAAACCAGAGGUGUGUAACCUCUGAUUUUACUGGCUUUGACGAGUUUGUCGAAGUGCAUGUUAAUGCUACUGUACCGCAUUUAAGCAGCAUCCAACUGACACUUCUGUUACCUUCUGAAAGUGAGGGCAAAGCCUCAAAAAAAGACAAACUGAUUUGUAAAUGGUGGUUGUACAUAUUUAAAAAAAAAAUAAAAGUAUUCCUUUUGGCUUGCUAUUAAAUAAUUUUCUUUUAAGUGUCACUCAGCAUGAGAUGUUUAUUUUUAGGACACAUGUACAUACUGUAUUGUAAUCAUUUUAAGCACAAAUGUAAUACAGUUUUAUUGUGUAAAACACUGCGUGCAAGAUGUCCUUUCUUCCCACAUUCUCAACACUCUAAUCCAGUCCUUAUGAACUGUGUACUGAUUUUGCCCAUUACUCCAUUCAUUUCCACCUCCCGAGUGUGUACUGAAGCAAUUUAGGUUACGUGCCUCACUGAAGGGCACAAGUGUAGAUGCAAAGAAGUCAUAGAAGGCCUCUCCACUCACCACUCUAUUAGCCUAGCCACCAGACCAUGCUAUGCUCUCUGCUCCAUGAUUGAUAGUAAGUGCAAUCAUUUUUGUCAGCCAUUUUGUUGUCAUCACAACUCAAAAAUUGCCACCCUCUUUUCUCCCACCACUGAAAAGCAGGGAGUAUAAGAGAAUCUGUCAGCGCUAGAGUGCAUUUAGGAGGAUCAGCUGAGUAGAGAAUAGAUAAUCACCUUCUGUUGAAAUGUUGGGGCUUUUAAUGUAACAGCUACAAGCUGAGUUCAUGCUAUACUUACACAAGCUCUGCAGGUCAUGACCGAGACCAACACUGGAACCAUUUAAAGCCUGUUGUAGUUUGGCUUAUAAACGAAGCCAGAGCUCUGCUCGACAAUCCGGCUUACUGUAUGAGUAAAACAGUGAGAUUAAAGUCCUUUCUCUAAUUAGGGAGGCAGUUUAAAGUAGCCUGUAAAGUUUGACAAUAGGCACACACUCAUCUCAUUAUAGCCCAUAAUAAGGAGACCAAUUAAACUAAUUGAAUUGCUUUAGCUUGAAACACAGAGGGGGAAAGUGUCUUUGAUUAGACUCAAGCUGUUAAGUCCCUCAAUGGAGAGAGGGAGAUUGGUCUGAAGCUACACUAAGCCUUGAAGAACUGGUGGGAGAGAAAAACAGUUUGAAAAUGUACAACAUAGUGAGCAAAUAUAUUCUCAAAUCAUACACUACUGAACUGAAAAUUUCUAGGUUUAGAGUUAAGCCACUGACUUAUGUAGAAAUUAAAUUUAAUUAGUCAUUAAACUGGGCAAUUCCACUCUAUUAUUAUCCAAUAACAAUAAUAACAACAAUAAUAAUAUUCUUCUUCAUUGUUAUAAGCCUUACAAGUAACAACAGUAACACUUUCUGUGAAGGCCAUCUGUAUAAUGAAUACAUUCAGCAUUAUACGCGUUGUCAGUUGGCACAGUGGCACAACAGGUAGUGUCGCUGCCUCUUAGCUCCAUAUUAUUUCCCAGAACUUUAACACAACUCUACAAACAUUUUCUUCAGUUAACAGGAGAACAUUUUUGUAAAAAGAAAAAAAAAACACAUUUGUGUUUAAUGUUUUGAAAAAAUGGGGUAUCACUUUAGAAAAUGUGUUUUGGCAGGUGUAAAAAAGUGUGGGAGUGACACAGUGGCACAGCAGUCAGCAUUGCUACCUCACAGCUCCAGGGUCCCUGGUCCAAGCUUUGGUCACUCACUGUGCGGAGUUUGCAGGUUCUCCCCAUGUCUGCAUGGGUUUCCUCCAGGUUUUCUGG